CUCGAGGAAGAGAGGAAGUUGUCGCCGAUUAUGCUGUCCAUAGUCACCCUUCGCUCGCCGAGCGAUUGCAAUACCGUGCAUAGCAUGGCGGCGAAUCUUGCGUCUAUCCACUUUUGACUCUGCUAGAUCUGGCCGGCCAGUUGAGGUGACGAAGACAAACGCAUCAUCCAUGCCGGCUAGUCGCGAUUGAGAAAGUAGUACCCUGGCAAAUAAGAGAUGGAAAAAGCUUACGCAAGUGAUGCGAGGCGUUCAUAUAUCAUGUACAUCGUAAUCAAGCCGAGGAUCAGGUCAGAGGCGGCGUGCCCAUGCGCUUUGUCAACAUGUUGUUAAGAGGUUGGAAUCGUCAUGAUUCGUGAAGCUGGGGAAAUGACCAGGGUACUACUGCCUCCUUUAGGCAUAGCGUUGAUUUUCCCGUAAGCUGUGAACUUAUGCAGCAAUUUGAUUCCUCGAUGUAGAAUCUGAUUGAUUCUGAACCACUUACUGUUCCAAAUAAUUAAAAGGAAUAUUUCUAAUCAUGUCUAAUCUCGUUUCAUUUUGGAAAUGCUUACUCUGCAUCUCCUCAGGAUUCAGCCUGGUACGGACUCGACGACAGCCAUGCUUGAGUAUAUAAACAUCAGACAUUCCCACAUUUGAGAGUAUCCAUUCCACAACAAAUUCUCUGACCAUCAAUUCAAAGAUCCAUCUAACUAUCAGCUUAACCAAACAAAACUCAACACCGACCCAAUUCAAAAUGGCCGAAAAAAUCACCAUCGAAGAGCUUCUAGCUCGCAACAAGACCGUCAUGGCAUCUCACAAACCAGAACCGACAUUCCAAUUCCUAGCCGAGAACCAAAUCGCCGUUGCCAAAACCCUCGUCGUCGCCUGUGCCGACCCUCGCAGCGACCCUUCCUACAUCUUAGGUCUCAACUUCGGUGAAGCUGGAAUCCUCCGUAACGUAGGGGGUCAAGUAAAACCCCUCCUCAACGACAUACUCGCCCUCGACAACCUGAUCACCUUCAAACAAGUCAUGGUAAUCCACCAUACAGACUGUGGAAGUACACACUUCACCAACGAACAGGUGCGCGGUGUUCUCACACAACGGGACCCUCGGGCUGCGGCAGAAAUGGAGGUGGAGAGUGUUGAUUUUGGCGCCGUUAGUGAUCUCCCCAAUAGUGUUGUGAGAGACAUCAAAUUCCUCAAGGAGAGUAAAUUGGUGAGGGAGGAGUUGAAGGAGAAUAUUAAGGGAUAUCUUUAUGAUAUUGAGAAGGGGAGUUUAGAGGAGAUUUCGGGGUAGAUAUAUAAACUCGUACACAUACUAGUAUCAACUACCACAAUAAUAAAAACUUCUUUCCUCA